AUGGACGCAGAGAACGUGCGCGCUGCGGGAAGCACGGCCGACAGCAUGGACGAAGACAUGACGACGAGCACCACGCCCGCCGUCCAAGGCGCACAGACACCGCUCAGCACGCACGACGACUCGGACCUCGCCUCGUCGUUCUACACCACCGAGCGCGCCGACGCCGCACAUCCAUCCACGAGCACAGCGGUCGCGGACGACGACGAUCUCAUGGAAGCAGGCGCGCCGAGCCGCGAAGAAGGCCUACUGGACGAGAAGAUCCGUGCGCGCUAUAUCCAAGAGAUCGGCGACGUCUUUGCUUCUUGA